AUGGCUACGUCUCCGACGCCGAUGGAAGAUGCCGUACGGCAAAAGGUAAGACUGAUGAUGAGUGUACAUCGACAAUUUCACGAGACAAUCGUUGACAUAUAUGCUGAUGAGGGACCGUCAGAUUGGAGAAGCGUUUGCACCCACAUCGCUGGAAAUCUUCAACGAUUCUCAUAAGCACGCGCAUCACAGGGCGAUGGAAGGGAGUACUUCGAAGGAAACGCAUUUCAGGUAGUUCGAUCCUUUGAACCAGUCUCGAACGAACGAUGCUGACCCCCCUCCCCUGCCAUAGGGUGAAUAUCGUUUCCGACGCUUUCAAGUCCAAGAUGCAGCCCGCGAGACAUCGCAUGGUGUACGCUUUGCUCAAGGAUGAAUUAGCCGCAGAGGGCGGCAUCCAUGCACUCCAACUUAAGACUCGGACCGUUGAAGAGGAAGAAAAGGCCAAAGCCAAAGAGGCUGGAGCUUCCUGA